GGUAAAUAUUAAAGACAAUCAAUAAUGCCUUCAGGUGGUAUGCAAAAAAACAGUUUGAAAAUAAUGCGUGCCGAAAUAUUUAUCAUAAUGUCAGUGGCAUUCAUCACAAUGCUUCACUUUGUUGACGCAGGUGCGUACGGUCCUUGUUUGACUGACACAGAGAUUACUGAGACAGUAACAACUACAGCAAGGACAACAGUUGAUACACAAACAACAGUAGAUACAAAAACAACGGAUGUCACAAAGGAAACCGAAGAAGUGAUUGAAAUAUUAGUCGUUUGAACUACAACGUAAAAUUUAAGAUAAUUGUAAGUUGGUUGAAAUGUAUAAUGUUGCACAAAAAUAUAUCUCAGUGUUCUUCAAGUCGAUUCUUCAUUUAGAUAUCACAUGUUUUUCAACAAUUUUGUACAUGAUGAUUACACAAUAAAAUGCAAAUAUUAUUUCUGUGCA